AUGUCGGUUGAAGCAGAGAUGAAUGAUGCUAGCGAGUUAAGAGAACAUGAGGAAUUAGAGACUUUUGAAGGUGAGGGUUACAAUGAAGAGGAGGAUGAAGAUUUUGAUCCAACAAAGGAACGCUUAGAAAGUCGUAUUGAUGAUUCGGAUGAUGGAGACUUGGAGGGUCAGGAAUCUGUAAAUCAUAACGUUGACUAUUCAAAGAUAGAAAGUGAGCAAGGUGGACUAAUAAGAACAAGACAUGCGAGAAAAGUGGAAGAAGAGAUGGCUCGAAACCAAAUGUAUGAAUCUCUAGAAAAUGAAGGUAUAUCUCAAUCUACACAAAACCUGUGGCAGGAACUACAGGAUGAAUCAUCAAAGAGAUUACAGAAGGGAAGCUCUGUCAUGAGUGACAUUAAAGAAACUAAACAAGAAACUCUCAAGGAAGAGCUCGUUCUCAUUGAUAGGACUUAUAAAUUUGCAGGAGAAAUAAUACACGAAAAGAAAUGGGUUUCGAAAUCCAGUGCAGAAGCGCAGGAAUAUCUGAAGAGCCUCAAAUUCAAGAACUCAGAAAGCUCUGCAAAGGUGACUAAAGUGCCGACUAAUGAAAAUGGAAUAAAGUUAAGACGCCCGCUUAAAAGGCAACCGCUACUAGAACAAAUAAUCGCAGGGGCGAUAAAACCAAAACUGACGACAUUAGAGAAAUCAAAAAUGGAUUGGGCUAGGUACGUUGAUAAAGAGGGGAUCACGGAUGAGCUAACACUACACAACAAGGAUGGAUACUUAGCGAAACAAGAUUUCUUGAGCAGAGUUGAAUUUCACAAAGAUCAGCAAUACCGGAACAUGAGGAAACAGCAGCUGAAUCAAAAAUCCAGUCCAUAG